AACGCGGGCCUGCCACCCACUCAGCACUCCAUUCCAUUGUCCAACUUCCAUCCAUUUCCCAGAUGACACAAUCCGCCGAGUGAAACCCUAACCCCGGAACCUCGGAUCGAUCAGACACAGCUCCGCCGCAGCAAUGGCCGCCAUCUUCUCCGCCUCCGGUCACCGCCUGCUCUCCACCGCCGCUGCGGCUGCCGAGUUCCCCGUCCCGAUGGCCCGCAUCCGCAACCUCGCCCGCGCGGGCCGCCUCGACGACAUCGACGCCGCCGUCGCGCCGCUCGUGCCGACCAACCCCAAAGCUGUGAUCUCCGCCCUCUCCGUGGUCGGCCUCUCCGACCGGGCCUCCGCCAUCCUCUCCACCAUCCCGUCGCCCACCGCCGAGCAUCUCAAUGCCCUCCUCGCCCCGCUCCUCCGCCGCCGUCGCCUCGCCGAGCGCGUGCCUGCUCUGUUGGACGCGCACCCCUCAGCGCCGCGCGACGCCUUUACGUGGUCCAUCCUCGCCAAGUCCCUCUGCAUCACCAAAGGCGCCGACCACGCGGUGUACCUCCUCCACGGGGAGGAGCCGCCUUCCCUCCACCUCUACACGGCCAUCAUCGACUCCUACUACAAGCAAAAGAAGCCCCACCGCGCCGAGGAGCUGUGGCGCGAGAUGGUCGAGGAACGCGGCAUAGCGCCUGACGCUGCCGCUUACAACGUCAGGAUCACCUACAAGUCGGCAACCGGCACGGUGGAGGAGGUGCAGGAGCUUAUCCGAGCCAUGGGCGAGGACUCGGGGCUGCGGCCGGAUGUCAUCUCCUACAAUGGGCUGAUCCGGGUGCUGGGGCGGCACAAGAGGGUGGACGAGGCCCUGCAGGUAUACAGGAGCUUGCAAGAGAAGGGGGCGGAGGGGAACACUGAGGCGAAGUCGGCACCGGAGUGCGCAACAUACGCAUGCAUGGUGGGGGCGCUGUGCAGCGAGGGGAGGUUGUCAGAGGCGGAGGACGUGUUCUACGAGGGGGUAAAGCGCAAGAAGGUGGCAGAUCUGGGCACGGUGCGUAAGCUGGUAGUGGCUCUCAAGGAGGCUGGCAAGGGUCGGGCGGCGAGGCGGGUGGUGGUCGGGCUACGCAAGAAGUUCCCUGACCAGUUCGACGGUCCAUGGAAGGAGCUUGAGAAGGAUGCCGGCCUCACACCGGGUGCCAGCAACGAAGAGGAGGAAGUGGAGGAGGACGAGCAGCAGCCAGAGAAGACGGCGGCGGCGGCAUGAGCAUUCCGGGCAACAUCUGGAGCUAAUGUCGCCGGGCUUGUCUCGGCCUAGCACUUUGGCGAACGGUGAGAAUUUCAGAGAAAUUGUACAGAAACACGUGUUCAACUCAACUUGAGGAGUGGAGCCAUUCCCACCGGCCGCAAGGUUCUUGGAUUGCGAGGAAUGCCCAGCAACUGAAUCAUGGAGGGUGUGCAUUUGGUGAGGACCCAAUAGAAUAGAAUACCAUGAUUUCAUUACAGCGUAAUGGAAUUCUCCAUUCAUUCAUGUGUGUGGUUGGAGUCAGUAGAGUGAAACGUAAUGGUUUCAUUUUUGUGUUUGGUAGGAGAGAUAGAUGGAAUGGAUUUGAUUCAGCCUCAUCCCUAGAGAAUAUGGGUGUGAAUAUAUUCUCUCCGUUCCUAAAUAUAAAUCUCUGUAGAGAUUCCACUAUAGACGACAUAAGUCAAGAAUCAUCAACCGGCAGACGCAUCAAGCACAAGUCACUUGCAGAUCAAGAGAAAGCCCAUUUCAAUCUUCGUUUUCCUUUUGAAUUUUUACAUUGAGCUGGAGAGGAUUUUGAAUUUUUACAUUCCGCUGGAGAGGAAGACAGCGGGCCUGCUCUACUCCUCUUCUCAACUCUGCCAAAUGGCCGGCGCCCGCCCACCAAAUCGGUUUGGUGCUACCGGCUUGUCGCCGCUUUGCGUCCCACUGGUGAAUCGACUGCUGCCCACCCGCCAAAUCAUGGUUGCAUGCAUCAAUUUCGGGCCUUCUGCAUCUAGACUAUCGGUUAUAUGUUGUGCACAUUGUUUGAUAGCCUGCGUCGCAUCAAUGAUCAUUUUUGUGUC